UAAGGCGCUUUCAUUAAUUUCUACUAACCAUGGAGUGAUCCGCAUGAGUACCUGUGACAGUCUCGCGACAUUCAAUAAUUUCUCGCACCAAUACUCGAUUUGAAAGGUAAAGUAGAAAGCUUUAGGUUCGCCUAUUGAUAAGUAAACUUAAACCGUAUAGAGAUUUAGUGUCCUAACUUAAGAAUGUGUUUUAUGUCAAAAUUAACAAAUGUUGGGAUAUAAGGAGGUGUUGUUUCAGUUUCUACCAUAUUGAUUUGUUAAGAUUGUGUUGUUAACAUAUGUGGAAUAUAACUGUUGUGAACGGCAAAGGCGAUAAGUGAGAGAAGAGAAAAUCUAUAUUUGUGUAUGGUAAAUACACACCUGUAUCUCUCUACCUGUGACAUAUACAGCAAAUAAAGGACGUAUUCAGACCAGUAUUUACUUUCACGUUACUUGAAAACUGUAAUUUGUUUUCUUUGUAUGGAUAAAACUGCUCCAAUGUUAGACGUUUAUACAGGAGACACAGGAAGGAUUGUCACUUGAGUGGUGUACAUGAGGACCGUCAGUGGUCAGUUUUACCCUUCUUAGUCAGCAAACACAAAUACCGGCAUCAAGAUGAGCUUGAGGAAGUUAAAGCUGUUCAAGAUCAUCCAGACGGGCACGACCGAGAUGAUCCUGAAGGCGCUUAUGGACUACCUAAAGAGCGGCAAGGACCCAAACAUCCGGGACGAGGUGACAGGCGGCACGUUGCUCCACCUCAUCAUUGAGAAUGGAGAUAAGUUCAUCACGGGACAGACCGUGUCCGGGGUCUACAUGCUCGUGUGCAAGGAUAUUGACAUCGACGCCCAGGACAACUUGGGGGAGACGGGCCUCCACAAGGCCAUGCGCAUCAACGGCGGCUACCGUAUCAUCAUUGCUCUAAUGAGGUGCGGUGCUGACAGCUCUAUCCAGAACACGGAUGGGCUGACAGCCGAGGACACCCUGCGGAAGGAGCGGCCAGAUGGUUGGGAGGAGAACCUACACUGGUUUAACAAGUUCAGGCCAGGACUGUGGUGCGCACUGAACUGUGAAAACCCUGACCGGAAGUUGGUUGAGAGCCUUUUGAAAAACUGGUGCCGUGUGACCACGGUGAAAAAUGGCAAGGUUACUACCAUGAAAGUCCUGGUUGAGAACGACAUAAAGAAGCGGGACCUGCUGCAGCUGAUCGAGAAGUACGAGAACACGAACGAGCUCGCCCUCGCCACCACCGCCGGCAUGGGCUUCAUUGUCCGCAUGUGGCUGAAACAAGGUAUCGUCAACAACAUGAAUGUGAACACGCGCGACUACUGCUACCAGUUCCACUGGCGGGACACACCUGUCUGUCCCCGACCCAUCGUCGCUGCCUCCUGGGAGUCGAACAGCUAUGAGUCCGUAGAUGUUGUCAUGGAGAUGCAGCCCGACACGCGCGUGCUCUGGACGCCCGACUACGACACCCGCAACCAGCCCAAACCCGUCUUCUUUCAGUUAUUCUGCGGCCUGGGAGCGCCCUACGACGAGAGGAUCGUACAGCGGGUGUUGAGAGGAAGUGAUCUCACGGCACGUGACAGCACGGGCCAAACCAUCCUCCACUUGGCCAUUGCCACCAACCAGUCCGACAACAACGUCAAGUGCUUAUUGACAAAUAACGUGGACUUGGCGGCACGUGACUGUCAGGGCCGCACCGCGCGAGAUUUAGCGGAAAAACUCAAUUGUCCAAAAUAUGUGAGACUCAUUGACGAUCAUAUCGUGAGACUUGUGAAAGAGAAAAAGUUCGAGCCAUUGGAAAGACUUAUUCUUCAUAAUUAUGAUCAUAUUCUGGAUGUGAAUGAUGGAAAUAGAACUUUAACAGAAAUAGCGAAAAGGUCGAGUACACAGAACAUUUAUGAAAUUGUGCGCCUGACAGCUCCCAUACAGGCGUGCGUGAAGCGGGUUUUCCAGGCGGUGGACGAAGGCGCUACCGAGGACCUCCGGAAGCUGCUCGCAUGUAAACGCUACGCGGAGGUACGUGACCGAUGUGGACGCAGCAUCCUGCACCGCGCCGUUCUCAAGCGACACGACCACGUGACCCGGUAUAUCCUCGAGGACUUCCCCACCCUCGUCAACAGCAGAGACAGUCUGGACCGGACGUGCCUGCACUACGCGCACCUUUUCGUUGACAACCCGGAUAUACUCAACCUCUUCACUCAGCAGGGCGCGAACCCCAAACUCUUCGACGCCUUUGGUGUGGCUGCCAGCGACUUCCAGCGUGACGUGAUCGGGAAUCAGAAGUUCCAGAAACUGCAGCGGGAAAUCUUGGAGUUCGAUCUGAACGUGUAUCUGUCCGAAACCGACUUCGAAACCACAUUUAAAUGUGCAAUUAAGAACAGUGACCUAGAGACGGUGAAGUCGCUCGUGAUGGGGCUGAAGAGUUUCGGUGACGUUACGCGUUACUCCAUCACGCUGUUUGACUGUCUGGACAGCCGAGCCGUCGACAUCGCCAAGUUCCUCAUCCUCAGCGGCUUCGAGACGAACGUUUACAAACAGUAUAGCGAGUGCGACCCUAACGACCCUAUGUGCGCGAUGCAGGAGUGCGGCCACUCCCCUAUGUCUCUACGGGAGCGCGCACAGGAGCUCAAAAUGGACGACAUCUCACGCAUGAUCGACGCCGCAUCAAACGGCAAGACCCAAAUAACGCGCCUGUAAGAGAGUUAAAAAUCCAGAAAGCCGAGGAGGUUACCCUGCCGAGCUACGGGAUAGCCUGAGAGCCCUUGACCCCCAGCAUUACUGUACAUAGCGCAACAAUUUGUAAAUACCCGCCAUCUGACAUGGAUUCACUGCCGUGUAUAUAUCCAUCUACCAUUUCGCACCCAUAGACUGGGACCCGAGUCAGCGCUACAUUACAGAAUCUGACAACAAUGUCAGAUAUUUUUUUUGACAGUUUUUAGGGUGUACUUAGUGUUGUAGUAACACAUGAAUGUCACUGGGCGACAAGCAAUUUAUGCCAUUUUAUGCAGUGUAAUGUCAUACAGAGUAAUGUGACAGCAUAAUGUCACAGAGUGUAACAUGUGUGUAAUGUCACACAGUAUAAUGUCUGUGUAAUGUCACACAGUGUAAUUGAGCAUGUCGGACUAUUUGACUUAUAUUUGUGUUCCAAAAACGCAGUUUGUGUUCUACAAAAAUGAUGCAUUUUGAUCGACACUAUACAUGUAUAACUAUGCUUUGAUCGACACUAUACAUGUAUAACUAUGUUUUGAUCUACACUAUACAUGUAUAACUAUGUUUUGAUCUACACUAUACAUGUAUAAUUAUGUUUUGAUCUACACUUUACAUGUAUAACUAUGUUUUGAUCUACACAAUACAUGUAUAGCUAUGCUUUGAUCGACACUAUACAUGUAUAACUAUGUUUUGAUCUACACUAUACAUGUAUAACUAUGUUUUGAUCUACACUAUACAUGUAUAACUAUGUUUUGAUCGACACUAUACAUGUAUAACUAUGUGAUAAUUGGAGCAUCAUCAUAGCAGUGCCUUUGUUUGAAUGUUCUUUUUUUAAGCUUUUUUUGUUUUAUUUCGUCAAUUAAUACUUUUAACUUUUUAUGAUGAGCUGUAUAAAGGCAUGAAAAUGUGCCCUACAUACACUUAACAUUGCAACAUACAAGCGAAGAUGUUGAUGGAUGGACUGAAAAAUAUUGCUACUUUGUGAGGCAAAUACACAUUGAAUUUUUUGAAGGUUGUUUCAAAAUUAAUAUCAUAUUUAUUAUUCACUUUAAAAGUUAACUUGUUACUUACAGACAGUAUUCACACACAUUGUGAUGUUUAGCUGGACAACAAUAGUGCUGGAGUGGGGUGUUAUAGUAAAGUUGUUGUGAAUGUUCAGUGCUGUUGUGAAUGUUAAUAGCUAAAUCAGACAAAAAAUACAUUUGUCCGUUAUAUUAUACAAUUUUUAAUAAAGGCUUUAUUCUUGGGUGUAUUAGUUAAUAUGUAUAUUAUAACUUUAUAAGUGUUUACGGCUUUUUGAAUGAUUUUCUUCUUCAUUAUAACUGUUAUGUUUAAACGUGUUGUUGCAAUAGACAUGAGGUAUAUAGGACUCAUGCCUUGACAUUAUAAGUAUUGUUUUGCGUUAACAAAAAAGAGCAACUCCAGUACUGUUAUUUUUUACAAAAUGUGAAUUGUUAUAUUAUGAUGUCGUAAAAUAAAAUAAAGUAAGAAAACAUAUUAUGGUACUUGUUAUGUUAAAAUAACUUGAGGUGUACCGGUAAGCAACAUUGAAGAUGCUCAUGAUGCUGAUUUGACUAAAAAUACAUGUGAACAUAGAAUAUUAUAUAACAUCAUAUUAAAACAUGUGUAAACUG